CUUGAAACUUUAAGUAACGAAAUCUUUAAAAUAGAGAUAUGUGAUUUAUCUUAUUUUGUUUCACAAUUAUAGACAACACUUUUGAAUUUCGUUUCACUUACGAGAUUGUAAAGCUAUAUUCAUGGAUCAUACUGUACGCAUGCGCUCUCGAUAUUAUUGCGUUCUGAAGCUGUUCCUAAGAUAUACAAAUCGACUCUUCGUUCAUAGAUCGUUUACUUCAUUUUGAUCAUAUCUGAAAGGAACAAAACAGGAUCGAGUGACGAUUUGCAGUUGAUAUCAUUGUUACAUUUAAUUGUAGUGUGCGAGUAUAAUAUCAACUCUUUCCAAUAUGUUUUACGUUCCGGAACUUCUUUCUCUCCGACGCAGGGGAAAACUAGCCCGAUGCUGGUUAGCCGCUACUCUCAGCGAGCAAAUGUUUAAAAAGAAAGUCAAACAGUCGACAGUUCAAUGUAUUGACAUAUCUAUACUCUGCGAAGAAAUAUUAUCAGCGAUUCAAACAAGCAAUGGCACGGCCUGCGUCAGAUUCAGCCUCUAUCUUUCCUCGCAAUUAUUGUACGGUGCCGUGAAAUUACUUUUCUAUCAAACAAAGAUACUUCAAGGUAUUUUCAUUAUAAAUUAUAAAAACAUCAAAAUUCGGAAACACAGGUUCAGUGAUCCUCCUAUCGAAAUAUCCUACCAUCAAGAUAGAGACAGGAAUUUGAUCGAGGACGUCCCUUUCGUUUCUGAGUACAUGAUACAAGGUGAACUGAGUUUCGGAAUGUUAACCGAUUAUGAAAUGGAAGAGUUCCUCUUACCCCAAGCAGAAGAGCAGUUCCUGUUAGUUCUCUAUAUUUCCACCACUUCCAUUCCCUUCCGUUUUACUAUAAGUUCUAAAUUAUUUACUAUAUCUUUUUCUUAUCACUUUACUGCUUUGUAUCUAUCAUCUAGGAACGAAAUACGGACGUUUCCUAGAAAUCAGCCACAGGAAAUUAUCGAAAAAUGUCGAAGAGAUACAAACGUAGCUUCUUACUUACGGAAGAUCUGGACUCAGCCGCAGGAAAUUAUUGAAAAAUCUGUAGCAGAAGUAAAUCUUGAUAAUCUUAAUGGCGAAACAAUCGAUAUUGGAGAUGUUGAAGGUACUCAGUUCAAGAAACCUACAACAUCAAGAAAAAGACCUACGGAGUCACUUCCGGAAACACCUACGAAGAAACGAAAAACAAGCACAAAAGAAGCAGUAAGAGACGCGUCUGUAGACGUGCCAUCAACAUCUACUGAUGUGCCUUCAAUAGUACUUGCCCCACAUGAAAAACGGCCCGUGCAAGAAUCUGUUGAGCAUCCUACAGAACCUUCGAUCGUAGAGCCUAUUAUUAUACAGGAAUUUCCAAUACAACAAGUUAAUAUCAAUGAGAUCGAAUUGGUUGAGCAACCACGAGGAAGGAGACGGAGAAGAAAAUUUGCCGAUAACGAAAUUGCAUUAUCUGAUGGAGAGAUGAGAAAUAUGAUUUCGAAUGUUAAGGCACACACCACAGAACUGUGGUUAUCUAGUACACGUACUCAUUCAGUAGAUUAUUAUUUACAACAACCCUGCUCAAAAAUUUCACACGGAGUUCUGGCAAAAAAGUUAAAUGAGCUUUUCUCUAAACAUAUGAUCACACGACCUGUAAUAGAAAAUGAGCUUCCAGACAUGGACGAGGAAGACACUGUACGUGAAGGGAUGACAAGUAAAAUACAUGAAAGAACAGAUGAAAUGACAAGUAAAAUUGAUUUACCUAUUACCGAUAUAAGUGAACAUUCAAAAACGGUAGAAAAGAUACAACCGAUUCAGCACACCAUGCAACAAACUUUGUUUGAAAUGCAAAUAGAAGACUCAGAAAAACAAGUUGAAGUGUCUUUGCCAGCUGUCCCAGAAAUUAAUGGCCCCAAAUACAAAAAAGUAAAACCUAUUGAGCUUUCAGAGAUACCACCUCAUGUAGAAAAAUCCAUAACUAGUUCGUUAAGUCCCAAAGCAACUUUAACAAAAUCAGAAUUGAAAGCAUUCUUGGAAAUUCGUUGGCGCGAUGAAGCAAAUGUAAAAUUUCAUGAAUUAAUUUCGUCAGACAGUUACACUAAAAUUGAUGUUGCACGUGCAUUUUCUUACUGCCUAGAAUUUCAAGCAGAGAAAUAUGCAGUGGUGAAACAAGAUAUCCCCUAUGGCAUAAUCUGGAUUGCAAAAUAUGUCAACUCUUCAGAAAGUAGUGGAGAAACUUCUUAGAUGUUACAAAUGCUCUUUUACUUUUAAGAAUAUAAAGUAUUACUUAUACGUACUAUAUUAUAUCUAUAUAAACUUAGUCUUCUUUUACAACACAGAUCGCAGUGCAACAGUAAAACACUCUUGUUUGGAUAAUUCUCUAUUAUAAAAGUAUAUACAAUUUCAAGUAAUUAAAAAUUAUUUUAAGUAAAGAUACAAUAAAAAUUAAAAAUAAAAUAAUUAACGUUUUCAUGAGGCAGGGAGAACUUUCUCUUGUCUCUACUUCAUUUCGCUAUUCUUUUAGCAACACACAGUAUUUAUAUCUAAACUUGUUAUAAGUCUUCAGUGUAACCAGCAAAAUGUUCAGAUUACUGUUUCGAGUGACUAUUUUGUAUCUAGAUUUUAUUCUAAUAAAAAACAAACAGAAAACCAAA